AUGAUAGGAAAACACUCAAGUGACUAUUAUGAAUAUGAUGAGGGAUAUAGUGAUGAAGAAUCUACAGAUAAAAAUGAAGUUGUACUUUUUGGUCUAUGGGGGAUUUUCUUAUUUUUGAUAAUUCCUUCAAUAAUUGUUUUUUCAGUGUUUUAUCCAUCAUUGAAAUAUCCAUUCGACGGCCUUAGUGACACAAUUCGAAAUAAUAAAACAUUUAUUAAAACAGUAGGUAAUGCAAAUGAAAAUAAUAUUGGAGGAAAAUAUCUAUGUGAUAAAGAAUGUUUCACUUCUGUUAUUGGUAUUCAAAAAGAAUUAAGUCUUAAAAACAUCGUAUUACUUAAAACUCACGAAUUAAUCACUGGAACUGAACGUGCUCGUUCUAAUGCUGGAACUUUUAAUAUUAACAUAGAUUCUCACUGUCGUCAACCAACAAUUCCAGAAAGUUAUAUGAUUACUGGUUAUGAAACAAUGGGUGAUGGUGGUGUUUUCCUUAUUGGAGUAAAUUAUAAUAUACCUGAAAAUAGCUCUUCUCUCAUGAAUGACUUAAUUGUUGUUGAUGACCGUUUUGAUAUUCUUCAAUGGAGAAAUGGAACUCGUCUUAUGUCUGUUAAUAAUGAUAUUAAUCAAAAUGACAUUUUUAUUGUUGAAUCAAAUAUGCAAGGUCAACCAUUUGUUCAAAUAAAUAAUAAAUAUUGUUAUUCAUUACGAUCUCAACUCACAAAUCAAUCUUAUCAAAACUGUUCAUCUAGAAUUUGGCUUGAAGAUACUUUUAGAACUGUUGAUGAUAAAAAGCAAAAGUCAUACAUUUGGAUGACUUUUAAUGAAUACCAACUAAUUAGUAAUGCUGAUACUAACAUCAAAGCAUUGAGUUGUCAUCUGAUCGAACCAAAUAAACUAACCCAAUACCGAAAACAUCACGAAGUGUAUAAUUUGCAGUUAUGA